GUUGUUCGGCGACAUUUAAAGUGAAUUAACGCUUUUCUGUGGUGUAUCCACGCACGCAACGCAAAGACGCGUCAGUAAGUUGCGCGCGCGUUUCGCAAGUCUUUCACAGUCUACCUAAUUUUUCGUACGUUUCAAAUACUUGUAGUGUCAGCGUUGUCGCAUAGAACGUGCGCGAUUUUGAUUGUGUAGAACUUCAAAAAAAAAAAAAACACAAAAACAACAAUUAUUUAUACUGAAAGCAACAAUUUUUUCGAAAGCGUUUUUGAGUGAAAUAUCAAAAAAGUGUAUACAAAACGGAAACUCUAACCACACGCCUUGAGGAAGCGUAGCGCUUGGAUAAUUCUGUGUCUACUGCGAGCAAAGCGCCUAGUGAAAAAUGCGCAGAGCUAUUUUUUGAAUUCCAAGUACAAUGGCCGAUUACUUCGAGGAUAUGGGACAUGAACCCACUGGAGCCGAGGGUCCUAAUGAUUUUGCCAAACACUACAAGCGCCUACAAGUUUUGGCCAUUAUGAACGGCAUUGAUAUGGAAAUCGAGGUGCCCGAGGCAUCUAAGCGCGCUAUCGCUGCGUUGCCUGAGCAUGUGAUUGUCGAGGCAGAUGUGAAGCAAGAGCUGGAAUGUGCUGUUUGCAAGCAGCCGGCGGAGAUCGAUGAGAAAUAUAAAGUUUUGCCGUGCAAGCAUGAGUUUCACGAAGAAUGUGUGCUGCUGUGGUUGAAAAAGGCAAACUCGUGCCCAAUGUGCCGCUAUGAGUUGGAAACAGAUGACCCAGUGUACGAGGAGUUGCGCGAAUUUCGCCAAGACGAGUCGAACCGUCGCGAACGUCAAAAUUAUAUGAUGGAUUCGAUGUUUUCUUGAAUAAAAUCAUUAUAAAUUCUUUAAUAGACGAUGAUUAAGGUUGUGGUGGUGGGGAGCGGUAUUAGCUGCAAUUUUUUCGGAGAGAAUUAAUAAAUUUUAUUUGAAUGCCAUAAA